UUACUGACGAACAGAGCCUACCUCGUCCUGCUGCUUUGCUUCGGCUCAGGGAUCGCCGUUUUCACCUGCUUCUCCACGCUGCUGGAUCAGAUCCUGUGUGUCAAAGGAUACACCAACGACUUUGCUGGGUUGUGCGGCGCCCUCUUCAUUGUGUUUGGCAUCAUCGGCGCCGGUAUUCUGGGUCUCUAUGUCGACAAAACCAAGAAGUUCAUGGAAGCCAUAAAGAUCAACAUGAGCUUCUGUGCUGUGGCGUGCAUCGCCUUCUCAGUGGUGUCUCUGAUGCCGCAGCAGAAAGUCGCCGUGGCUGCCGUCUGCUCUUUCUUCGGCUUCUUCGGUUUUUCCAUCUACCCGGUUGCCAUGGAGCUGUCGGUGGAGUGUUCGUAUCCCGUUGGUGAGGCCACGUCAGCUGGACUCGUCUUUGUAUCGGGGUACUACUUGCCCAUGAUGGUGAUGGCAGGGCUGUGCACUCUGUUCACCUGCUGCUUCCUCGUCUUCUUCAACACCCGCUACAGGCGACUGGAGGCCGAAGAACAAGCGACUUACGGGACCAGAGAGAGCCAGCAUCUAUACAGGAAUGAGCACCCUCCGUGGAGGCGUGAAGCUGCUGACAAUACAGAGGAAACAUGCCACUAUGAGUGAGAGCAGAAAGGUACUCGAACAGAUGAUCUGUUUUUGUUUUGUUUUUUUUAAAUAAAGAUGUUUGUGUGUGGUUUGAUUAAGUCACAAACUUUUAGUACAUUGUUGGAUGUAACAAGUAAAUAAUCCAAAUUUUCAAUCCUCAAAAAAAAGUUUAAAUUAUUAUUUUCCAGCCACUUUGGCAUGUAAAUAAUCUGUGUCAAUACAUGUAAAUAAUAAUAAU